GCUACACGUCCCGCGACGCUGCUUGUACUCAACCCCUUGCGGGCAGUGCCCCUCCCGGUCCUCAGCCGGGCUUCCCGGGCCGGGACGCGGCGUUCUGGCGGGUCAGCUGUUUUUUCCCAGGCACAGAGGCGGAAGCUGGAGGGACGUGGGGUGGAGCUUCGCGAGCGGGGUGAACGCCCGUUCUACGUGCUCGUUCGCUUCGCGACCGCUGCGCGCGAGCCCCGUGUCCCCGCGGCGGGCGGCAGCGGCGGCGUCUGUGGAACGCGGAGUGGGCGGAGGGAGCCCGCGGCGGCUGCGGCUACAGCGAAAUGGCGGAGACCGUGGCGGACACCCGGCGGCUGAUCACCAAGCCGCAGAAUCUGAAUGACGCCUACGGGCCGCCCAGCAACUUCCUCGAGAUCGAUGUGAGCAACCCGCAGACCGUGGGGGUCGGCCGGGGCCGCUUUACCACCUACGAAAUCAGGGUCAAGCUAAUACUUCCUGUCACACAAUUGAGUUGGAAUCUCCUGCCUACACUUCCUUCAAGUAAUAACUUUGUGUUUAUCUUGACAAAUCUUCCUAUUUUCAAGCUGAAGGAAUCUACUGUUAGAAGAAGAUACAGUGACUUUGAAUGGCUGCGAAGUGAAUUAGAGAGAGAGAGCAAGGUUGUAGUUCCCCCACUCCCUGGGAAAGCAUUUUUGCGUCAACUACCUUUUAGAGGAGAUGAUGGAAUAUUUGAUGACAAUUUUAUAGAGGAAAGGAAGCAAGGGCUGGAGCAGUUUAUAAACAAGGUCGCUGGUCAUCCUCUGGCACAGAAUGAACGUUGUCUUCACAUGUUUUUACAGGAUGAGAUCAUAGAUAAAAGCUAUACUCCAUCUAAAAUAAGACAUGCCUGAAAUUUGGUGAGAAGAAGCAAAAAUGUGACCAUUAAUGAUUCGUAUGCACCAGUGUGAAGAAGUUCUAAAUAACUUUUAGCAUGCUGCACAGAAACUGGUAUAACAUGCCUUCAGUAUACUAACACUCAUAUGCUCUGUUUUGUUUUGGCAGUUGACAAGAAGUUAAUUUGCUUUAGUGGAAAUCCCUCAUUCCAGCUUUUCCAUAUAAAUAGCUUUUCUUGCUGUUUUAAUGUGGUGCACACUAUAGCCUCACAAACCUUCCCUUAUAAUCUGCAAUAUCCUAACUAAAGUUACUGACUUGGUCUUAUUUGCACAGUUUUUGUGUCAUGUUUGCUUCUUGAAUCGGAUUAACGACAAUAUUUCUCUUCUCCCCCUUUAAACUGUAAUGUCACUUGAUCUAAUUUAUGUGUAGGAGCACUACACCAUUUGUUUCCAGUGCCGCACACAGAAGAUACAGACUUGUGUGCAGAACGUAUCUUCCUUCCAGUCUGUAAUACCCUUCACAUGGAAGAUUAAUGAGGGAAAUCUUUAUAUUCUGUAUAAAAACAAAAUCAAAUUUAUAUACUAAAAUCAUUUGUCUAAAAAUUUAAGUUGUUUUCAAAUAAAAAUUAAAAUGCA